CUUAUGGCAGGUGUUGGCAAUGCAAUUGUUAGGACGGCCGGUUAGGAGAAUCUAGAUGAUUGUUCAGCCUAGUUGAUUAAAGCAAUCAUACUCUAAAACCUUUUGUUUUUGGGCAAAGUCCAAUCAUACUCUAAAACCUUUUGUUUUUGGGCAAAGUGCAAUCACACUCAACCACCCAUUUGUUAACGUAUAUCAUUUAGGAAGUUCUACAAUUUUGGACUCUUUUAAUAUUAGCUGUACAUAUAUAUUACCAUGUAUAUAGGCUGAUUAUUAGGGAUCAGUUAAGGGUUUUUUUUCCAUGUAGUGCAUAUUAUCUAAUUUCCUUGUAUAGCAGCUAGUUACGUGGUGAAUGGGGAGGCUAAAAUCAGAGAGCCAAUUUUUCCAAAUAUUCUUGAUUUUCUGAGUGUUUUGACAUGGUAUCAAGAGCAGGUUCUUGAUUUGUGUCUGUUCGAAUUUUUUUUCUCUUGGAUUUGUGGGUUUCUCUGGUUCUUGCAGUUUUCUGGUUUGCAGUUUUCUGGGUUGCAGUUUUCGGCGCAGUAGUGGUUCGGUUCUUGCAGUUUUCUGGUUUGCAGUUUUCUGGGUUGCAGUUUUCGGCGCAGUAGUGGUUCGGUUCUUGCCGUUUUCGGCGCAGCGUUUUCUGGUUUGGGCUUUUGGGUCCGGCGUCCUCUGUGGUGGUUUCUGGCCUGAGAUAUUGUUUCGGCACCUUCAUUGUUGCAGGAAGCAUUUCGGUGCUUAUAUUGUUUGUGCCUUUUUCGGCAAUUUUGGUUGCAGUCUGCUUCUUCUCGGCAAUUUCGGCACUUUCUGAUUUGUGGGCUGAGUGAAUAGGCGUGGUCUGUCCAUUAUUUGGAUUUUUUUUUUUUUUUGCAGUCACGUGUAGGGGAUUCUUGGUGUGCACGUGUAGGUGCUUCUGUCGGCAGUGAGUGGAAGAGUGGGCAGGUAUUAUUUUUUAUUAUCCUUUCUCCUAUUUACGGCAUAAUGUCUUUUGAAUCAUUUGCUGUGAAAUUCACGGGUAAAAAUUACUCUGCAUGGGAAUUUCAAUUUCGUUUAUUUGUUAUGGGAAAAGAGUUGUGGGGUCAUAUAGAUGGGAGUGCUCCGGCACCUCAAGAUGUCGAGGCUUUGUCUAAAUGGCAAAUUAAGGAUGCUCGAGUUAUGACUUGGAUCCUUAGCUCGGUUGAGCCUCAUCUUGUUCUAAAUUUGAGGCCUUAUAAAACUGCUGCUGAUAUGUGGAAUUAUCUCAAUACGGUUUAUAAUCAAGACAACUCUGCUAGGCGUUUUCAAUUGGAGUAUGAGAUGGCUAAUUUCACACAAGGCAGUCUCUCAAUUGAGGAAUAUUUUUCUGGUUUUCAAACUCUUUGGACUGACUAUUCGGACAUUGUUUAUGCUAAUGUUCCCGCUGCAGCUCUCUCUGCUGUCCAAGCAGUGCGUGCCACCAGCAAACGAGAUCAAUUCUUGAUGAAACUACGGCCUGACUUUGAAAUUGCACGGUCUAAUCUAAUGAAUCGUGCUCCUGUCCCAUCUCUGGAUGCUUGUUUGAGUGAACUUCUUCGUGAGGAGCAGCGUCUACUCACUCAAGCUUCCAUGGCACAUCAGGCUUCUGCUAGUGUACCUAUUUCUGUGGCUUAUGCAGCACAGGGGAGGCAUAAGGGGAGAGACAUGCGUGCUGUCCAGUGUUUUAGUUGUAAAGCUUUUGGUCAUAUCGCUCGGGAUUGUCCCAAGAAGUUUUGUAACUACUGCAAGAAACAAGGUCAUAUCAUCUCUGCUUGUCCCAUUCGACCUGAACGGAAGCAGGGUACUGCUUUUCAUACCUCCACUGGUGCCUCUAGUUCUGCUGCAUUGCCUGCUGCCUCGCCGGUUGUUCCUAUUCCUGUUCCUACAACCUUAGCAAACCCAAAUACACUCACUCCUGAAAUGGUACAACAGAUGAUCAUUUCUGCUUUUUCUGCUUUUGGGCUCUCAGGAUCAAGUGUCAGGGAAGAUGAUCGUGAAGGGGCCUAAAGUGGGACGACUCUUUCCUCUUCAUAUUUCUCCUUCCACCAUUAUUCCUAAUUUUCCUUUACUUUCCUUUGCAUGUAAUGUUGUUGGUUCUGGAAAUAAGAUGUG